GGAAAAGAGACUUGGCGGAAUGAGCACGUAACGGAACCGGGACUUACUGUUUGUGUGACCCACUUUAGUUUAACUGAACCAACUGGACCAGAUAACAACAUUUUUCCGGGUUUUUAUGUCUCAGCUGUUGUGACACUUAACAUUUAAAAGUACACAGAAGGAAAAUCAAACCCAACAGCGUCUUUUAAGACAGCAGAUAAUUGUCGAAUGAUGACGACUAACGUGCGGAUCCUGCGCAGGCUGGGGAACGGCCCAACAAGGCGAAACCUGUUCGGCCCAGUCGACAGAGAGCAGCUGCGGGUGGAGUACCAGGCCGCCCUGCAGAAGGACCUGGAGGAGGCGUCGCGUCGCUGGGGCUUUGACUUCCUCUCCGAUGAGCCGUUGGAGGGCAGUGAUUUUCAAUGGGAGUGCGUCCCGGGCACCAAGGUGCCACUGCUCUACCGAUCCAGCAAGCAGGGUCUGGACCAGAGAGGAUGCCAAACGUUCGGAGAGGCGAUGGUGAGCACUAGUGGAGGAAGCAUGGAGUCGCCGCCAUGUGACAAGGAGAACAUCACACAUACACCGGAGAGAUGUUUACUCAACCUGAAGACCUUGGAGAUCACUCCUGAGAGACGAGAGAAUACAGGAUUGAAGAGGAAACAGACACAUAUUAAAGAUUUCUAUCAGGCUAAAAGAAGAGUGGUUGGGACGCCACGCAAAUCUGGAGAGUGAAAGAAAAAAAAAGGGCCAAUAUUCCAAGAGACAGGACUCUCAGGAAAAGCCCCACUCUGCUGGACUCAGUCGCUCACCCAGUCAAUCACCUGGAAACAGAAAGGGACCUCAGCUACACACCAGAUUGAUUUGGGUACUGUCUCUGCUCUGAGGGGGGAGGGGGCG